AUGCAAUUCGCUCGCCUCCACGGGUUAAGCCUGUUCUGAUUUUCAAGGCUGCCUCGGAAGAUGUCCGCAAUGGCUGCAUCUCAAAGAUUCCUAGUCUCCGACGAUGCGUCUGACUGAGACGGCAAGAGGAAGGAACGAAGCGGUCCGAAGGGGGCCCGUUUGAGGUCCCGGAUCAGCAUGACCACCGGGUUCAGCUCCAGCUCCGUCCGCUUCGCUGAUUACUUCGUGAUUUGCGGACUCGACACCGAAAGUGGACUGGAACCAGACGAGCUGUCCGCACUGUGCCAGUAUGUAGAGGCUUCUAGACUCAGAGAUGGUGCCAGAGGAGGGAACUUGGGUGCAGAUGAAGGUGAGAACUUUGAACAGAGUCCCUUGCGGAGGGCAUUCAAGUCGAAGGUUCUUGCCCACUACCCUGACAAUGUGGAGUGGAACCCCUUUGACCAGGAUGCAGUCGGCAUGCUGUGUAUGCCGAAGGGGCUGUGUUUCCGGACGCAGCAGGAGUGUGCGGAGCCGCAGUUCCACACGUUCAUCAUCACGCGGGAGGACGGCUCGCGCUCCUACGGCUUCGCACUGACCUUCAUGGAGGAGGUGCGCUCGGCCCAGAUCUGCAGCGCCAUGCAGACGCUCUACCACAUGCACAACGCCGCGCAGUACCACGUCCUGCAGCAGGCCACGCCCCUGGAGUGCUGUGGCCCCUCCCCCUCGCGGCUGCAGCGCUUCAACUCGUACGACAUCGCGCGCGACACGCUGUACGUGUCCAAGUGCAUCUGCCUGCUGGCUCCGCUGGCGUUCCCGUCGGCGUGCCGGAAGGUUCUGGAGCAGCUGCACCGGGCGGCCACCUCCACCUCGGGCCCCGCGCCGCCGCUGCCUCUGGAGAGCUACGUCUACAACGUGCUGUACGAGGUGCCGCUGCCCCCUGCUGGCCGCUCCCUGCGCUUCAGCGCCGUCUACGCGCCCAUCGUGUGCCAGCGGCCCGGACCCAACGAGCUGCCGCUCUUCGACUUCCCGCUCGCCGACGUCUUCCUCCUGCUGGGGGCCGACAACCUGCUGCAGCUCUUCACCUGCGCCCUGCUCGAGAUCCAGAUCCUGCUCUACUCACAGCACUACCAGCGUCUGAUGACGGUGGCGGAGAGCAUCACGGCGCUCAUGUUCCCGUUCCAGUGGCAGCACGUGUACGUGCCCAUCCUGCCCGCCUCACUCAUGCACUUCCUGGACGCGCCCGUGCCCUACCUCAUGGGCCUGCACUCUAACGGGCACCAGGACCGCAGCAACCUGGAGCUACCGCAGGAGGCUAACCUGUGCUUCGUGGACAUUGAUAAUCACUUCAUUGAGCUGCCAGAGGACCUUCCCCAGUUUCCCCAGCGGGGGGAGCUGUUGCAGGAGCUGACGGAGGCGCUGCAGCGCUUCAACCUGCCACCAGAGGGCAGCGCCUCCGCCACGCCCGGCCCGCACCCGCACCGCCCGCCCCGCCCGCGCUGCCAUGACGACAAGCGCAACGGCAACAUGGGCGUGGCUGCGCUCGACUCCGCCCUACUGCGAGAGAACGCCACCAUCGCACGCCUGCAGGCCCUCGUCAAGAAGACCGGCAUCAGCCUGGAGAAGCUGGACAGUAAGGAGGAGGCGGAGGAGGGGAAGGACAUGCGGCUGCAGUGUGAGCCGGACGAGUGGUGGACGCAGCGGCUCAACGUGACGGUGCGCGAGGUCUUCGCCAACCGCUUCGCCCAGAUGCUCGCCGACUACGAGGUGUUCGUCAUCCAGCCCAGCCAGGACAAGGAGGCCUGGUUCUCCACCCGAGACCACAUGCACAACUUCGACAAGGCAUCCUUCCUGUCGGACCAGCCUGAGCCGUCCCUCCCCUUCCUGUCCCGUUUCCUGGAGACGCAGACGUUUGCGUCCUUCAUCGACUCCAAGAUCCUUCACCAUGACGACGAGGAGCAUGCGCACGCCCUGCGGCUGUUUGAUGCGCGCGUGGACAAAGUGCGCAUGCUCAACGUGAGAACCCCCACCCUCCGCACCGAGAUCUACCAGAGGGCCACACACAUCGAGGAGGCAGAGAGGGCCAUAGAGGCGCGUCUGAGGAAGAUUGACCACACGGCGCUGCACCCUCACCUGCUGGACAUGCGGAUCGGUCAGGGACGCUACCAGCCCGGCUUCUUCCCCCGCCUGCAGCCCGACGUGCUGAGCAGCGGCCCCAGCAGCAACAAGUGGACCAAGCGCAGUGCUCCUGCCCAGUGGAGGCGGCGUGACCGGCAGAAGCAGCAUGCGGAGCAUCUCUACCUGGACAACGACCAGAGAGAGAAGUACAUUCAGGAGGCCAGGAACCUGGGCACCACCAUCAGACAGCCCAAGCUGUCCAACCUGUCCCCCUCGGUCAUCGCCCAGACCAACUGGAAGUUUGUGGAGGGGCUCCUGAAGGAGUGCAGGACUAAGACGAAGCGCAUGCUGGUGGAGAAGAUGGGGCGUGAGGCGGUGGAGCUGGGGCACGGCGAGGGCAGCAUCACGGGCGUGGAGGAGAACACACUCAUCGCCAGCCUGUGUGACCUGCUGGAGCGCAUAUGGAGCCACGGGCUACAGGUCAAACAGGGGAAAUCUGCCCUCUGGUCUCACCUGCUUCAUUACCAGGAGAGUAAAGAGAAGAAGGACACACCCUGCAGCCUGGGCCCUCCUCCUGGUUUCAUUCAGGAGCAGGAGAGGCGGAAGUCUGAUGCAGGUUGUAGUCUACCCCUCCUCAGAGUCUCUCUCAUUCAAGACAUGAGGCACGUGCAGCACAUGUGUGAGAUCAAGACGGAGGUGGGCCGGGCGCGGGCCUGGGUGCGCCUCAGCAUGGAGAAGAAGCUGCUCUCCACACACCUCAAGAUGCUGCUGUCUGACCACGAGCUCACCAAGAAGCUGUAUAAGCGCUAUGCGUUCCUGCGGUGUGAGGAUGAGAAGGAGCAGUUCCUCUAUCACCUGCUCUCCUUCAACGCCGUCGACUACUUCUGCUUUACCAACGUCUUCACCACCAUCAUGAUCCCGUACCACGUGUGGGUGAUCCCCAGUAAGAAGCUUGGCGGCUCCAUGUUCACGGCCAACCCGUGGGUGUGUGUGUCGGGGGAACUGGCCGAGACCGGCGUACUGCAGCUGCCAAAGAACACACUGGAGAUCACCUUUGAGUGCCAAAACCUGGGUCGUCUCACCACGGUCCAGAUGGGUCAUGAUAACUCGGGGCUCUACGCCAAGUGGCUGGUGGACAACGUGAUGGUGCGCAACGAGAUCACUGGACACACUUACAGGUUCCCGUGUGGCCGGUGGCUGGGUAAGGGGGUGGAUGACGGUAGUUUGGAGCGUGUCCUGGUGGGGGAGCUGUUGUGCAGCGAUACGGAGGAGCGUCUGAGCCGCACGCCCCCCAUGCAGCCCUCGCCCGGCAUGAUGCGCCGCCUAGUGGCCAUCUCGCCCAACAGCAAGCCCAAACUGAAUACAGGUCAGAUCCAGGAAGGAGUUGGGGAGGCAAUCAAUGGAAUAGUGAAACAUUUCCACAAACCAGAGAAAGAGAGGGGCAGUCUGACGCUGCUGCUGUGUGGGGAGUAUGGGCUGGUGUGGGCGCUGGAGCAGGUGUUCCUUCACGGCUUCAAAUCGCCACGACUCUUCAAGAACAUCUUCAUCUGGGACUUCUUAGAGAAGGCGCAGGUGUGUUUUGAGAGUGCGGAGCACCAGGAGCGGCAGCAGGAUGAGAACUGGCUGAACCGCGCUCGGCUCUUCUGCCGCGUCAUGCGCGCCAUCAACGUCUCCCCCAGAAACAUCGGCAAGGACGGAAAGUUCCAGAUGCUCGUGUGUUUGGGAGCCCGGGACCACCUGCUCCACCAUUGGAUGGCGCUGCUGGCGGAGUGUCCAAUCACGGCGCAGAUGUACGAGGAGGCGGCGCUGCUGAAGGAGCACUCAUUGGUCAACUCGAUCAUCCGCGUCCUGCAGACCCUGCAGGAGUUCAACAUCACACUGGAGCCCUCGCUCAUCAAGGGCGUCGCCCUCUGAGACUGACCCCACACACACACACACACACACACACACACACACACACACACACACACACACACACACACACACACACUGGAGCCCUCGCUCAUCAAGGGCGUCGGCCUCUGAGACUGACCCCCCCCCCCCCCACACACACACACACACACACACACAUAAAAACACACACACACACACACACACACACACACACACACUGGAGCCCUCGCUCAUCAAGGGCGUCGGCCUCUGAGACUGACCCCCCCCCCCCCCCCCACACACACACACACACACACAUAAAAACACACAGGUAUAAAGUACACAGACACACGCAGAUAGAAACACAGACACAUGAAAAACAUCCACACAUAGCCAUACAAAACACACACACACACACACACACUAACAUACACGUCCAAAGCACAUGCCAAACUCAUCCCUACACACACCUUUUCGGGACCAGAGAACUGUUUCCUACUGAACUGUGGCGAGUUUUGGAGCCGCCCUGGCGUGUGUGUGUGUGUGUGUGUGUGUGUGUGUUGUGUGCCAAGUGCAAUGAGCCUCCUCUGCUGAGUCCAGUAUUUUGACCCCCAUCCCUCAUGUCCAGGGGUGGCCUGCGGUGCAGCGCGGCGCUGUGUUGUGACCGCUGAUCUCUUUAUUGUGUGUGAGGGGAGGGGAGGGGAGGGGAGGGGAGGGGAGGGAGAGGAGGUGUGUUGAUAUAUUUUCACAGAUAAAUCAGUAUUAUUUUGAUAAGCCUGUCAGGUCGCUUGCUGUGAGCUCAGUGUCGCUCAGUAAGUGGUGGGACGGAAGGGAUCAGAAGUGUGCUUCAGAAACAAAGUGUGCUUCUUUAAAGAUGCUUCAGAAACAAAGUGUGCUUCUUUAAAGAUACUUCAGAAACGAAGUGUGCUUCUUUAAAGAUGCUUCAGAAACGAAGUGUGCUUCUUUAGGGACACUCCAGAGAUUAAGUGUGCUUUUUAAAUAUGGUUCAGAAAUAUAGUGUGCUUCUCAAGGAUGAACAAAAUGAAACUGAUGUCUCAAAUGCACGCAGAAGUGCUUUUCCAAACCGGCUCCUGCUACCUCUCCGUUCCAGACCCCUCCCCCUCUACUCCAGACCCCUCCCCCUCUACUCCAGACCCCUCCCCCUCUACUCCAGACUCCUCCCUCUAUGUUCCAGGCUCCUCCCACUCUACACCUGGCCCCUCCCUCUCUGUUCUAGGCUCCUCCCUCUCUAUCUUGAAUUUCCCCUUGGGGAUCAAUAAAGUAUCUAUCCAUCUAUCUAUCUAUCUACUCUACACAUGUUUUACAACAGAGACUACUUCAUUGAGGGUGUUUUAAAUGGAGACUACUUCAUUUGAGAGUGUUUUACAACAGAGACUACUUCAUUGAGGGUGUUUUAAAUGGAGACUACUUCAUUUGAGAGUGUUUUACAACAGAGACUACUUCAUUGAGGGUGUUGAUUGCGUUCAGUUGUUCUGCUCCCACCCAGUCAUGAGGGUGUCUGUGGAGUGGGAGCUUGUAGGGACUGGUUUGGAAAAGCCCAGAGACUUGUAUAGACCUCUUGACAAGGAUGUGUGCCGGUGUGUGUGUGUGUGUGGAACAACAGAGGAUUCUCUGGAUCGGAAAGUGUGUGUGCGUGUGUGUGAGAGAGUGAGAGAUAAGAUGUAUAUGAUGUGUGUGUGUAUUUGUAUAAGUGUGUGAAAUUGAACCAGUAAAGAUCUAUGAGUCGUUUAUACAAAUGAAGCAACAAAGUCCCACCCCCUGAUUUCUGCUAUGCAAACAAACGCUGCCAUAUAAGACCUGACACAGAGGAUAUACAUGCCCCCAUCCCAAGAGAUACAUGCCCCCAUCCCAAGAGAUACAUGCCCCCAUCACAAGAGAUACAUGCCCCCAUCCCAAGAGAUACAUGCCCCCAUCCCAAGAGAUACAUGCCCCCAUCACAAGAGAUACAUGCCCCCAUCACAAGAGAUACAUGCCCCCAUCCCAAGAGAUACAUGCCCCCAUCCCAAGAGAUACAUGCCCCCAUCAUGGAGGACUCAGAUGGUAAGUCCUAAGGCUCCCAAGGUGCCUCUCAUGCAGUGUUUAUACGUCCUCCCUCGCUCCUCGGGCCUCGAUCCUCUCUGAUCUACAUAAAGAAUGAUGGGGUGGCAACAAUGGGAUAGUCUAUCCCUUCCUCUAUCUUUCUUUAUGUAGAUCAGUGAGGAUGGAGGCCCGAGGAGCCCA